GAAACUAUAUUUUCAUGAUAAUUUCUUGUUUGCAUAAGUAGUAUUACCCAUAAUCGUUAUCUUAAAUUAUAAUUUUGUUGAAAAACAAAAAUAAUGGCUUCUGAAAUUGUAUGCAAUGGCAGAAGUCGGACUUCAUUACCAACAUUGGAAGUGGUCAAAUCAACUUCAACAACUAUAAUGUCUACAGCGGAUAAUAUUGAUUGGCUUUUGCAUAUUUAUUAUGCACGAAGAGAUUUCACAACCUGCAAAGUAAUAAUUGAAAAGGAAUUGCCCGACUAUUUAAAUCCGGAAUAUUUAUUUUUCAUCAAGGGACUAAUUGCAAGAGAAGAAGGUAAUCAUCUGGAAGCUCUGCGUAGCCUUCAAAAAUCAAUAGAUUUCAAUUCGAAAAAUAUUGAAUCCUACAAAGAAAUUGGUAAAACUUUGUUUGAAAUGGGACGUUUUAAUCAAGCACUAAGCGUAUUCCGUGAAGCCGAAUCGCUCUCCCCCCGACAGGAUCAUGAAAUUUUCCAUUACAUCGGUGAACUUUUACACCGUAAAGCAACAAAAAACAGCAACAACAAUAACCAAUCAAAUGGUAAUUCAACCGAAGAAGAUUCAAACGAGAACGAGGAAGCCAAAACUUAUUUUCAACGAGCUGUACAAAAUGGGAAGAAACUUGAAAGUUAUCAAAGAUUGGCAGAAAUUUAUAGAAAGGAAAAGGACUAUUUAAAAGCUAUUGAGAUCUUAGAAAUGUCUCUACAAAUUGCACCAGAAAACACAGAAGUUCUCACAGAAAUUGGGGUUUUAUAUUUGAAAAUCAAUGAAACGGAAAAAGCCUACGAGAAACUCUUGGAAGUAACCAAUAUUGAUUCAAAUUCUUCCAAGGGACUUUUAGCUUUUGGGGCAAUUUUACAGUCUCGAAAUGAUGUUGAGGGUGCCUUAGGGAAAUACAAUCAAAUCACAGGCCCGGAACUAGAUAGUACUGAAAUAUGGAAUAACAUUGGAUUGUGUUUUUUUAAGAAGAAAAAAUUUAUUGUGGCAAUUUCUUGUCUUCGAAAGUCGGUUUGGGUGUCACCAUUAAAUUAUAAUUCCUUGUAUAAUUUAAGUUUAAUUUAUAUUGCAGCCCAACAAUAUGCAAGUGCUUUUCAUACCCUUGCAGCAGCCAUAAACCUUCGUAAGGAUAGCGCCGAAUGCUACAUGCUCCUUGGAAUUUGUUUAAGAAAACUUGAAGACUAUGAAAAUGCAUUCACAGCAUUCGAACGUUCGGUGAUGCUGUCGAAAAUUCCCUCAGCAUCACGGAAUCCUUUGGUUUAUCUUAACUUUGCAUUAUUUUGCUAUCAAAUUGGAAAAAUCGAAUUGGCUACGGAGAAUUUUAACAGCUUUUUGGAAAACUCACAGGAUAUCAUUCUGCCAACGGACUAUAAAUUCCAGGCGACUAAACUUAAAUCCUUAUUGCAAAUUUCGUGGAAUGACAAUAAUAACGUCGAUAAUACGGUGACAAAAUCAAUUCACUUUGACGUUAACACCACUGUGAUGAAUGAGAUGCCAUCACAGGAUAAUGAUAGCACUGAGGAAAAUAUUGGUACGGUGGAUGCGGCAGUGGUACCAUUGGAGGCAAAUGAAGACGAUAAGAUGCGAAUUUGAUUCAUGAAUUGGUUCGGAAAUACAAACAUACAUUUUCGAGAGACGAUGUGAUGAAAUUGUCCUUUAAAAAAAACAAGAUUUUAAAAUAAAGUUUUGGUAUAAGAGAUAUAGAUUUUAAGAUAA